CCGAGCCGAGGCGAGCCGAGGCGCCGUCCCCACGUGUGGCGGGGUGAGCGGAGGGAGGCGGCGGAGAUGUCGGUGUCGGUGGCCGCGGGCAACCUGCCCAUGCGGCUGCUCCGCAGGAAGAUCCACAAGCGCAACCUGAAGCUGCGGCAGCGCAACCUGAAGCUGCGGGAGGCCGAGGGGGCAGUGCCUGCGCCGGGCGAGGCGGCAUCGCAGGGCCCCCCGGAGGAGGAGGCGGAGGCGGCCCCUGAGGUAGAGGCGGCGGCGGCCGGAGCGGCCUCGGAGGCUGCAGAUGCUGCCGGUCCCCGCGGCGGGGAGGAGAAGAAGAGGAAGAAGAAAAAGAGGAAAGCGGUGGCGAAUGCGGGUGGUGAUGCACAAACUAAAAAAGCAAAAAGUGAAGAAGAUGAAUCUGUGGGGGUAGAAGAUGAAGAUGAGCAGGAUUCUGGAGAGAAAGAAGUGGAAGAGGAGGAGGGGGAGGAGGAUGAAGUGCCCAGUUUACCACUAGGUGUAACAGGUGCUUUUGAAGACAAUUCUUUCACUUCCCUGGCUGGUGUGGUCAGUGAGAAUACAUUGAAAGGCAUAAAUGACAUGGGGUUUACGCACAUGACCGAAAUUCAGCAUAAAAGUAUUAAGCCGCUUCUGGAAGGCAGGGAUAUUUUAGCAGCCGCAAAAACAGGCAGUGGCAAAACACUUGCGUUUCUUAUUCCUGCAGUAGAGCUCAUCUACAAGCUAAAAUUCAUGCCUAGAAAUGGAACGGGUGUUAUUAUUCUUUCUCCUACUCGAGAGCUUGCUAUGCAAACCUACGGAGUUCUUAAAGAACUUAUGAAUCAUCAUGUUCACACCUAUGGUCUGAUAAUGGGGGGUAGUAACAGAUCAGCAGAAGCACAGAAACUUGGAAAUGGAAUCAACAUCAUUGUAGCAACACCAGGAAGACUGCUUGAUCAUAUGCAGAACACUCCAGGUUUCAUGUAUAAGAACUUGCAGUGUUUGGUAAUUGAUGAGGCGGAUCGUAUCUUGGAGGUUGGAUUUGAAGAAGAAAUGAAACAGAUCAUAAAACUUCUACCAAAGCGCAGACAGACGAUGCUUUUUUCUGCUACACAAACCAGAAAGGUUGAAGAUCUGGCAAAGAUAUCUCUGAAGAAAGAGCCACUAUAUGUUGGGGUUGAUGAUAACAAGGAGACAGCAACAGUAGAUGGUCUUGAACAGGGGUAUGUAGUGUGUCCAUCAGAAAAAAGAUUCCUUUUGCUCUUCACAUUCCUCAAGAAGAACCGGAAGAAGAAACUAAUGGUAUUUUUUUCUUCAUGUAUGUCAGUGAAGUACCAUUAUGAAUUACUCAACUAUAUUGAUCUGCCUGUUUUGGCCAUUCAUGGCAAGCAGAAACAAACCAAACGUACUACAACAUUUUUCCAGUUCUGUAAUGCAGAAUCUGGAAUACUGUUGUGCACUGAUGUAGCUGCCAGAGGAUUGGAUAUUCCUGAAGUUGACUGGAUUGUCCAGUAUGACCCUCCAGAUGAUCCAAAAGAAUAUAUUCAUCGUGUCGGUAGAACUGCCAGAGGCAUAAAUGGUAGAGGACACGCUCUGCUCAUUUUACGACCAGAAGAACUGGGCUUUCUUCGUUACCUAAAACAAGCCAGGGUACCACUAAGUGAAUUUGAAUUUUCCUGGUCAAAAAUUUCAGACAUCCAGUCUCAGCUGGAAAAACUGAUUGAGAAGAACUACUUCCUUCACAAGUCAGCCCAGGAAGCAUACAAAGCCUACAUUAGAGCUUAUGAUUCCCAUUCUCUGAAGCAGAUCUAUAAUGUCAAUAACUUGGAUCUUCCCAAAGUCAGCCUUUCAUUUGGUUUUAAAAUUCCUCCCUUUGUUGACCUCAAUGUGAACAGCAACCAUGGCAGAAGACUACAGAAAAGAGGUGGAGGUGGGGGAUUUGGUUACCAGAAAUCGAAGAACAUCCACAAAGCUAAAAUCUUCAAACACAUUAGCAAGAAAUCAGACAGUCGGCAGUUUUCUCGUUAAUCAUAAAUUCAUUAAAAUGGCUUGUGGCACUGGAACAGACUACCGUGAUCAAAACCAUCUGGCAGUUACUUCUAAUUUAAACUGCUCUGUUCACGUUUUUAGGGGUCUUUAUGGGGUUUUUUGUGGGAACAUCUUUUAUCUUUCAGUUCAGGAAGACUCUUUGGAAGGGAGACUAAAGAUAGAAAGGGAGAAUAUGGCCAGCUAAUUUUGCCAUACUUGUUGUAAGGAAGAAGAUAGUUGAAUAUGAUUAUCUUAAGUCAAUACUACAGAGUUUUUUAUUAAAGAAAGAAAAAAUACUUUUAGAUUUUUAGAAGAAUUUGCUUUACAUGUACCCUUUUUUCUAUGCACACCUCUGAAAAUUGUUGGAAUAUACAACGCAAGGACAGAUUAUAGUGUGAGAUGAAAAAAAAACUUUGCUCACAUGAAUCAUUGCAAGGGUUUUUAGUGCUACAGAACUCUGCUUGUCCAUCAAAUAUGCUGAAGAAUAUAGGAAGAUUCCUUUAGAACAGAACAUACCUAUGAAUAAUUAAGGUUGUAUGAGCUUGUGAUUAAUUUUAGUCAUGGUAUCUGUAUAACACAUACAGUGUCCAAGAUUUAAAAAAAAAAAAAAAAAUCUUUUAUAGCACAUCUGGGAUAUGCUUAAUACUGUUUCUUUUAAUGUUGUGAUAAAAUGGCAGCAUUCUAGUGAAAUGUUUGGUGUUCCUUCCUGUUCUCUUUAAAUCUGAAUUUAUCCAUCUGGUAACUUCUAGUGUAUGCUCUUAUGAAUAUGCAAAGAAAAUUAAGAAAAGCAGAUUACAUAAAUUGAAGCACUUGGCCCAGAUAAUGUUUUUUUUAAAAUGCUCCAUAACCUUGAUGCAGUGAGAAUUUUUGCAGUUGUAUCUUGUAAAUUAAAAAAGUGAAUUGCUUUUUAGUCUCAGUUUAUCAGAUCAGUGGUGGGCAAACUCAAAGAUACUGUCACAGGAUUUAGGGGGUGGAGAGACUCAAUAAAUGAAAAAGAGAAAUGGGGUAUAAAUAUACUGGAAGGAUAUUUUGAGGGAGAAAUAUAAAAGACUGAAAUGAAAGAGGGCAGAAUACACAUUGCAAACAGAACAAACAUGGAGACUAAGUACAAAAAGAAUACACGAGUUGGGCAAAAGUAGAGUAACUAUAUUACAUAUAUUUUUUUCAGAUCUCUACCAUUGUAGAAGUAGGUAACUAUUCUUAGGAGGCUACAAUGGCGGUGGGCAAUAGUGUUUCAAAAAUUUAUAUCCAUCAAUGCAGGGAAAGACUAAAAUGUCACAGAUUCCAGAAAUCUGGGCCAGGUAUGACUACACCUUUUAAUUUACAUCUAAAAUGUAACCCAGGACCAAUUAUGAAUACAAAAGUAUAUGUAGUUAUUCUAGUAUAAAAUGGACCGUUAUUCCGUAGGUCUUUAGAAGUAGCAUGUCAGAUUUAAAACUUUCAUAUGCACAUUGAAGUAUUGCAGAAAAGCACUGGUGAACGAACUUUCCACCCUUUGAGAAAUCAGAUCAUAUUUUGGGGGAAAAUAGUAUGACCAUUCUGUUGCUAGUGCUUCCACCAUUCAGAACUGAGUGUUGCCUUUUUUCCCCCGUUUUGUGAAAGAGCUGACUUUAAGUCCUAAUGGACUUUCAAGACUCUUGAUUAACACUGGUCAGAUAUUAAGAACUUCUGAUAUGUCAAAAUAUUUAGGUUAAUUUUGUUACUAGGAUUUGAAUGUCUUACGCUUCCAGGGUUGCAAUGAAAAAGGAAAAUCCGCUCUGAAAGGUAAGCAAUACUAAGUACGUGAUGCCUGGCUCAUUGAGUUCUAAUCUUUGAUUCCAGGUUUGCUUAUGUAUUAUAAAUAAUACACGUCAAAGUAGUUCUCAUGUCUGUUUAUUAACAGCACAUUCUAAGAAUUAUCUCUCAGAUCUACAUCAUCAUGCAGUUGAAGGGUUCUGUCUAAACCUGCAAGCUGUGCAGUUACGGUAUGGGAAUUAACUUACAUUGUAGUGAAAUUAACUCUGAGGGACUCAUUAGAUGAAUGCAAAAUUAAUUACUUGGAAAGAGAUGUAAGCAAAGCAAAGCAGUAAACCACUGUAAAGAUCAGAGCAUGGUUAUGUGGGCACAAGCAGUGUGAAUGAAGUAGUGUGGAGUAUUCAUUUGGAACAGGAAAAAAGCUGAGAUGAUGGGCACAGUCAGUGACCACCUGUGUGACCAUGUGCUGCUUAGCCAGAACUGGUUGGGCUUAAAAGCGCAUCAGAAUUCCUGCCACUUCUCUAUGUAGGCAAAAAUCUGCUUCACAGAGAACUGCUUUUUUCUGUUGCUCCUUGUCGUUCUGGGAACAGAAGGCUGACUGCUUUCUCAGCAGCUAGACAACCUCCAGUUCCACCUAGUUUUUUUCUUUGGGAAAGUUGAGGCACUGUCAAUUUCUAAAGUCUGAUAUGAGGACAACUGAAAAAUAGGGGUUUGGCACAAGACUGCACAACUCCUCCCUGGUAUAUUUGGUUUGCAUUUUCUUAUAUAUCAAGAAUAUGUAACAAAUCUUUGAAAUAAUUUCAUCUAGGAGACGAAAAGACUGGAUGGUAUUGCUCUAGAGUAGUACUAGCUUACCCUAAAAAAAAAAAGUUCACACUGUUACUUAAACAUUAUAGAUGUAUAAUGGCUGCACAGUCUGUAGUAACUACAUAGUCUACUAUUUUACACUCUAAUUUCCUGAUUAAGCAGAAGAGAAAUUCCCGAGCUGAGACUAAGUGGGAAUUGAAAGGGAAAGGCUUCAGCUUCCUGGAUUGUGUAGAUGCAGUUACCUUUCUCUUUGUUUAUGGAAUCAUAAAUGAAAAAUAAUUUCUGAUGAAAUAUCUGUGUGUAUCAGGCAGCAUCUAUUCUACUAUGGUAUUGCAAGAAGUUUAAAAGAUUGUCAAACUGAUUGGAAAUCUAACGUUUCCUUUGCAACUUACCCUGUUAUCAAUCUUGUGAGCAGUUAAUAGACCUCAGCCAUCAGACUCUCAAGGCUUGUCUCAUAACAGUGACUGAUGGGUUGGGGACUAAUAUUGUAUGCCUUGAGAAAUUGCCUUCUUUCUCUGAGAACCUUGACAAAGAAAUUGGACUCUUUAAACCACUUAAGGGGGUGAUCAAAACUGUCCUGCUUGAACUGGAAGAUUUUUUUGACAGUUCUUGGAACAGGCCCAUAAAGGAAAAUUCCAUUGCUGAGCUACUGCUCAUAAUCAUAAAAAAUCUUGUCAUGAUAUGAGUUUCCUCUGCUCAUAACGCUGCCGAGUUAUAGACAAGCACAAGACUAGUCAGAAAGUGUUGUCAUCAAAUUUUUCAGGAUGAAUGUCACAGGUAGAGGGCAUGUUUAUUGACAGUGUAGAGCAAGAAUACUUGAGAACUGGAUAAGAUAUUAUCUGUUUAGGUCUGCUGUAAAUAAGUAUGUUUAUAUUUUGGCAGUAAUUAGCCUUUUUGUUUCAUGUAUGAGUUGAUGACUCAAUUUAAGUUAGCUACCAAAGCUUUAGAUACUCUAAUGAUUUGCUUUCAAGCCAGUAAUCUAAGGCUCAGGGGAAACAAACUCUCACAGGAAGGGUGAAAAGGACUAUGUGAUUAAAAAAAAUAUUUUUUUUUUAGUAGAGUUCUCUAGUUUCUUCACACUGUGAAGGAAGGCAGGGUACUGACAGGAUACAGCACAGGUCUGUGACUUACCACUGUCCUGUUUAGGAGAUAGUUGCCCAGUCACUUCAAACCCCCAGAACUUACAAGGGAUUUUGCAGAGAUCUAAAAACCUAGCAACUAGAAAAGAGCCAGUUACUAGCCCUUAAAAGGUGGGUUGGUUGGGGGGGGGGGGGGUCAGACUAAAAUAACAAUGCUGAAAGAAGCCUAGAAUCAACUGGCUAGGCAUGCAGAAUAAAAUCUGUCUCUGCUCUUGACUUCUGCUCUACUAGCUUGAUUUCCCCAGGAUUUUAGCUGCUUGGCUUGACAGGAGAAUUCAUGCAACUGUUUCUGAUGCUUUUGUUUGCUCUAGAUUUAUAGAAGAUGUUGAGUCGUGAAAAUAAAAAUCCAGCCUCUCAAACUGGAAUGCUCUUUGCUUCUAAAAAAUUUGCUGGCUUGCAUCAAAGUCAUAAAUACUAUAAUGUU